AUGGUCUCAUCUUGGAUUCUCAACUCGUUGAGCAAAGACAUGGUUGAUAGCGUAGAAUAUGUGUCUGAUUCCCUGGAGCUGUGGAAUGAACUAGAAGAUCGAUACGAUCAGACGAAUGGAGCAAAAUUGUACCAACUACAAAAGGAGAUCAAUGAUCUCAGUCAAGGAACAAUGGACAUUCCUACAUAUUACACUAAGAAGAAAAAGCUUUGGGAAGAGCUAAAUACCCUGUGUACUAAGAGCGAAUGCAGUUGUGUGUGUAGCUGUGGAGCUAAGGAGACUAUGCACAAGGCCGAGCAAGAUAGACGACUCAUCCAAUUUCUCAUGGGUCUUAAUGAGGUUUACACCAUAAUCAGAGGUAGUUUACUGAUGAUGAACCCUUUGCCAUCUAUGGGACAAGCAUUCGCAUUGUUGGUUCAAGAAGAAAAACAAAGGGAGUUCAAGCCCAUUCCUCACACAUUAGCAGAAUCUUCUCCUCUUAAUGUUGGUACUUCUGGAAAUUACCUGGGAGGGGGUAGACCUGGCAAUGGCAAGAGCUUUCGAACAAAUUAUAAUAUCAAUUACGACAAUGGAACUAGGUCAAGACCUUUUUGUAACUAUUGUAAGAAAUUAGGGCACACCAGGGACAAGUGCUUCAAAAUUCAUGGUUAUCCCAACAAGUUCAUGCCUAUUCCAGGUCAACAUAAUCAGAAAAAUCAAAUUUACAACACUAACUCUAGAGUAAACAAGGGUAAAGGAGUUGCAGCAAAUGUUCAUGGAGAAAUGUAUGAGAACUGCACCAGUGAAAAGAUUGAAGCUGGGGAUCUGAAUCACAACACCUUGUCCAAAGAACAAUACAAUCAGCUGGUUGAUUUGUUACGACAAUUCCAAGUUGGAACCACAAGGGAUGUGCCUACUGUCAAAAUCAAUACAAAAAUCUAUGCUCCAUCCCUGUCAAAUUAUCACCUAAACAACCUUUCUUUUGUCCUAUUUGCCCUUUGGCAAGGCAGUCAAGGCUGCCCUGCCCUACAAAAACAACAGUUUCAUCCCAACUGUUUGAUCAGGUACACGUGA